AUGAAUAUCGAUCUAAUUAAAGUUAUUGAGAAAAAUUAGUAAAAACUUGAAUAGCAUAACCAAAAGUUAUCUCUUUAAGCCAAAGAUAUUUAUGCAUUAGUAUUGGAUUCUAAAUUAAUAGACUAUAAUGUACGGGAAUAACAAUUUUAAGAGCAGUAGUAUUGAAAGGAGUUAUGCAAGUACAAGAAAAUCAACAAAAUAGAAUUCUUUAGUUCCAAAUAAAUCCGAAUUUUCUCAUCUUAUCGAUUCGGUAAGAAUAAAAAUAUGACCUUCAAGUCUUCUCCAAAAUCUGUUAAAAAAUAGCAUAUUGAUCAAAUUGUUUCUGUUAGUCCUAAUAGACAUGAAUUGAUUAAAAUUAAACUAGAAAAUACAGCUUUGAAAGAGAAAAUUAAUUCAAAAGAGAAGUAGAUUGAUUAAUUGGAUAAAACAAUCAAUGCACUAAAAAAAGAAAAAGAUAUUCUUAUUUAAUAGUAUUAAAAUACGAUUAAUCACAUCACUAAAGAAUUAGAAAUUGGAAAAAAAAAUUCAUUUAACAUAGAAUAAGCACUUUAAGAAUAAAUUAAAUUUUUAGAACUAAGUUUAGAAAAAAAAUAGAAUAAUGAUUUUAGAUUAAAAGAAAUAGAAGCAACUAUGUAGACUCUUAUUUUAGAAAAUGAAUAAUUAAAGUAUUAAAAAAAAGAGGAUACUAAAUGCCUAAAAGAAUUGUAAGAAUAAUUUGAAAUUUUUUAUACUAAAAGUUAGGAAACAAAAAGUAAAAUAGAAGAUGCUAAACUUUUCAUUUUUCAGCUCUCAGAAAUAACCUAAUACUUAAUUAAUAAGUAAACACCCCCAUUAGAAUUUUUUGUUCAUAUAAAUAAAUUACAAAAAUAAUAAAAAGUAGAAUCAACUCCACUUCUAAAAGGUAGUUCUAUGAAAUUAAUCUUCGCUCAAGUAUUUUCAUUAUAAAUAGAAACUUUAUUAAUUUUAAAUUAAAUACUUAAUGAUACUAAAACUUAAGUAGAAAAGUUUUCUAAUUAAUAUAUUUCUUAAGUUGGCUUAUAGCUGAUUUCAUUAUGA